AUGAAUCCGAAGGAGGUGGCGGAGGAGGUGGCGAGGGAGUUCGGGGAGGAGGUGGCGAAGCGGCCGCGGCGAGGCGCGAUCGUCGGGUGCGAGGCGGCGGGGGUGUACGUGAACUUGAAAAUGAAUCGACCGAUGGUGUUCGAGGCGACGAUGAAGGCGGUGGCGAGACGGGGAGGAAAGUUUGGGCACACCGAUGCGGCGAAGGGGAAGCGGGUGAUCAUCGAACACACGAGCUCGAACCCGAACGCGCCGCUGCACAUCGGCAACCUGAGAAACGUCAUGAUCGGCGCGCACUUGUCGAGGAUGAUGAAGGCGUGCGGACACGACGUGAAGGAGGCGUUUUACGUCAAUGAUUUGGGCGCGCAAAUCGGGUUGACGGCGUUGGCGUAUUCGAGGAUUUAUGACAAGAUGACGCCAUUCAUGAAGAUUGACCACUGGAUCGGGGCGAUGUACGCGGUGAUGAACACGUGUCAAGAGUUGCAACAAGUGGGCGUGAAACCGGGCGAGCUCGAGGACGCGUGCAAAGCCGGGCAAGAAGCGGUGGACGCGCUCUUGAAGACGUCGCUCGCGGCGGUGGCGGGCGACGAGAAGAAGGAGAAGGGCGUCGCUGAAUACUUUGAUAUUUACCAAGAUCUUCGCGGACGAUUCGAAAAGAUGAUGGUCGUCAUGCUCGAAGACAUUCGCACGAUCGACGAUAUCAAGGUUGAGGCCGGUAAGCUUAACUUGGCGUACGAGAAGCAAGAGCCUUGGGCUAUUAAGAUUUUCCGCAAAAUGGUGUGCGACUGUCUCACCGGCGUGCAAGAAACGCUCUCGACGUACGGCGUGCAGCACGAUCGAUUCGACUUCGAGUCCGAACUCGGCUGGGAGGGCUCGAAUGCGAAAGUAUUGGAGAUCAUGCAAAAUAGCGACUAUUACGUGCCGCAGACGCAGAGCAACGAAAAGGGCGUGCCGCAAGGCGCGUACCUCGACAUGGCUGGCUUCAUCACGGAUAUGGGUUUCAAGGUUGGUAAGGGGGGGUACCAAAAGGAGUACCCGCCUCUCUACGUCCUCCGUCCCGACGGAUCGACGCUUUACACCUACCGUGACAUCGUGUACUCGUUCAAGAAGGCUUCGAUGAGCGAUUUGAUUUUGAACAUUAUUUGCAGCGAGCAAGAUUUGGCGCAGCAAAAAGUGUCGUUGGCCAUGGCGAUGAUGAACCCGGCAAUGGAGGGUCGCCAAUACCACUUAUCAUACGACCUCGUAAAGCUCACCACGGGGAAGAUGAGUGGUCGCCGCGGUCGCUACUUGUUGGCCGAUGACUUGUACGAAGACCUCAAGACGGUCAUUCGUGAAAAGAUGGACAAGAAGUACAAAGAGAAGGGCGAGGUCAUCUCCGCGGAGAUGUUCGACACGGUGACGCACGAAGUAUCUACGGCAGCGAUGAAAUACGCGCUUUUAUCAGUGAGUUGCAUGACGCAAAUUAACUUUGACAUCGCAAAGAUUACCGAUUUCGAAGACGCUUCGGCGCCGUUCAUCCUGUACAACUCCACCCGCCUCACCUCUGUCAUUCGCAAGUUUGACGAACGUUCCGCCGCCGGUGUGUUGGAAAAGCUCUGCCCUCUCGAUGAAGUAGACUUCACCAAGCUUGACGACGAUCGCGAAUGGGCCUUGCUCUUAGACUUUGUCCUGCCCUUCGCCAGUAUGAUCACCGACGCGGCGAUGCCGACGUUACCCAAGCCCCCGGCUUUACCCUCGUACGGCAUGCACAGGGUGUGCGAUUUCCUCAACAUGUUCGUUCGCGCCCUCUCGGGUUACUACGGCCCCGCGGGCGUUCGCAUGAUGCCCGUUCAAAGCCAACUCGACGCCGGCUGGAACGAGACACCCUCGAUGCACGCUCGCAUCCACGCGUGCAAGUGCUUCAAGCAGGUCAUCGACAACGGUUUGCGUUUGCUCAUGAUCGAGCCACUCGAGCGCAUGUGAUUCCAUCGCACCUACUCAUUCGUUGUCAUUCAAUCAAUCACAAUCGAUCAU